AUUUUCAAUUACAACUAAAUAGAAAUGAUUGAUAAGCUAGUAAGAAACGUUAACAAGGUUAUGAAUCCAGUGUAUAGAAAACCAUUUGGUUUUCCAGCCAACUUCUUCAAUGAUCCACAUAUCGAUUCAUUCUUCAAAGAAUUCGAUUCACUUUCUCCAUUCUCUCAACAACGAUCUUUCAAUGCACCAGCUGUCGAUGUCAAGGAAAAUGAAACUAGCUACGAGUUAACUGCUGAUGUUCCAGGCUUCACAAAAGAUAACAUUAAAUUGGAUUUGGACGAAGAAACAAGAACACUCACUCUCAAAGGAGAAACCAAGAAUGAAAAGGAAGAGAAAGAUAAGGAAGGAAAGUAUCACAUCAAGGAGAGAAGCUCAUCUUCAUUUGAGAGAAGAUUCACAAUUCCAGAUGAUGUCAAGAUUGAACAACUCAAAGCUCAAAUGAAAGAUGGUCAAUUGAAGAUUAUUUUGGAAAAGAUUAAGACUGAACAAAAACAAACUCCAAAGGUUAGAUCUAUUGAUAUUCAAUCUCAAGAAUAACUGUUGAAUAUGUUCAAAUGGUGCUUGUAAAUAAAAUGUAAAUAUGAUUUCG